AUGUGGAAGGAGUCAGAAGAUACCCCAGGAGAAGCAAGGGAUAUCACAAACCAAGCAGGCAGGGAAAAGUCGUCAGCACAAAUCCCUCCAUUUCUAGGAGAAAUUCCUGGUGAAACAGCUGAUUUAAACCAGGGACAGUGGUCUGGCCCAGAAAAGAGGUAUGCCAAGAUGGGAUCUAUGUUCUCGAAAAUCGCCAAGCACAUAGGUUCAGACAAGCUUGCAGGUGGUGAUAGCAUGGGGAUCAUGUCGCCAGUGGACUUUGGCAACGACUACAUGACCCCUAGACCUGACGAGAUGCCGUCCAGACCCGGCAGUACAUCCAGUAUUACCGAGAGUGCCACAAGCAACGACAACGGUCUGGAUUUAGGCCUAUUUUGGCCAUAUGUGAGUAGCGGUCAGCGACAAAGGGACACGGGAUCGGAGCACCCUCUGAGACUCCGUAGACCAGCACUUUAUGAGGAGUACUGGGCAUAG